AUUUUUUGUUUGUUUGUUUCAGGCUGAAAUUUUUCAUCUGCCAGUGUUAAAUCCAAUGCUUCAAGCUGUUCGGGGACGUGGAACGAGUUCUCAAUCCCUUCGAGCUGUCAAAUAGACUCUCGCGAGUAUUUCCCGGAUCGACGCUAGCCAGCUUCCACCAAGCCUCUGCCGCGGGCUCAUCCACCGGGGUGACCUGGUGGUCCAUGAUGAACGGAGGCCUGUACGAAGAAAGUCCUCCGCCCGCACCACAAAGUGCUGCCACCCCGAGUGGUACCAGCGGGAUGACCAGUCCACCAGCUGCCGCACCUCCUGCUGCUACCACUUCGGCAACAUCGAGCUCAUCACCGGCCAGCGUGACCAGCAACAGCGGUUCGGUAGGCCCUUUGCACAUUCCCGCCAAAAGACUGACUACAGGAGGCUACGGAGAAUGUUCAGACGGCAGCGUUAUCAGACACGGACAAAAUCACUGGUCGUACUCGCCAUCGGAAAAUCAUACAGCUUUCGAACCGUCGAUAAAUCAUCAGUACAGCAAUCCGACUUAUUACAACUUACCAUCGGAUCCGAACGGUAGCCGAGAUCACAAACCGCCGCUACCUUUUUGGUCUCCGGCAGCUACAGCUUCGUCGGCGACUCCCGAGUAUAAAUACAAUAGGGGUAACGAUCCGUCAGUGUCGUCUUCUUGCCAUCAAUCAUUCGGGACGAGCGGCUGGUGCAACGUGUAUAAUUCGCCGUACCCUUCGGCCACCCGUCAUCACGUAGACGGACCUUACCUGACUCCGACCGAUGACCGGGGAAGGGUUGCCCUCGAUUCGGGUUUUCCGCACCACGAUCGGGGUUACGGUCUGGGCAAUUAUGGUGCUCCCGAACCUGUUCCAUCCACACCUUACCCACCACCUGUAGUACUCACAACACAAGAUGAAAAUAACAAAAUCAACAUAACUUGCAUACUUGCAGGUGAAUCAUCUUCCACCAAUUCUUCUGAACCUAAUAUAAGACAAUCAGAUUUAUUAACUCUCAGAAUAAAUAAAAUAAAAUUACUUAACUUCUAUAGCAGUCAUUUUCAAAUAAAUAAUUUAAAUAAACAAAAAACUGAGAACCAACAGUUCUUCCUUUCAAGCAAGAAUCGUUUGAACCGUAAUUUUACUAUCCGUAACUCCGGUUGGAACGACGAACUGUCAAUUAUCGCUAAUUCUAAAUUAGUGAUUUUAACUGGUUGGAACAGCAUUUCACAAUUGCGCAUGUGUGCCAGUUCCCUUGGUUCGAUGGGCGUCAGCGUACCGUGCGGUGGCAGUACGAACCCCCUAGAAUGGACCGGCCAAGUGACGGUCCGUAAAAAGCGCAAGCCCUAUUCGAAAUUCCAAACCCUGGAAUUAGAAAAAGAGUUCCUUUUCAACGCGUACGUUUCGAAACAAAAACGAUGGGAGUUGGCGCGAAAUUUGAAUCUGACCGAACGCCAAGUGAAAAUCUGGUUCCAGAACAGGCGGAUGAAGAACAAGAAAAAUUCGCAACGGCAAGCGACCCAGCAGCAGAACAACAAUAAUUCGGCUACCAAUAACCAGAACCACCAUCAUCAUCCUGCGCAUUUGCACGCGCAACAUCACGUGGUUAAUCAUCACGUUUCGGCUAAUGGUGGUUUGAAACAUCAUCAGUGACCUAUGGGUUUUUCGGGGGUCGUAUUGGGUAAUCCACAUGCACCCUAAUAAGGAUUAGUUUUAAAUAAGACUUUAAGGGUGUGAAUUGAUUGUUCGAUCCUCGAAAAAUUUAGGUUCUUGGCAGUGCCAAAGAAAUUAGAGCAGCUAUUUUAGGUAUAAUGUUUUUUUCUUUUCAAAGACUUGGCAGGGCUUGUGCAAAUCGAAUACAUUGUGCAAAGCACAAAAAUUUCCAAUCCGAAUUUAGUUUUAAUUUUUUUUUCUUCUUGUAAUUGUUAUAGACAAAUUAAUUCGUGAUAAUAAUUUAUGCGGAUUUUUUAAUACGAACUUAUAUUAAGUUUUUUUUUAUGAUAUUUUACAUAUUUGUUUGUUGAUUUUUUUUUCGAAGUUUUUUAGUUUAAAAACACAAUAAUCAAAUAUAGCGCCCAUGAAAAUUAUUUUGUUGAAAAUGUUUGUUGCAGUGCAAUUUUAUAUUUGUACUUAAAUUUUACCUGUUUUUCUUUUUUUAAAAAUUUCUCAAAAUUUUUCACAACUUAAGCUUCUAAAGUAUAAUAUAUAUAUUUUUAUUUUUUUUUUUUGAUCAAAGUACUGAUUAUUAUUAUGAUCGUAACCAGUUGUGGAAAAAAAACUUAAUUACAGAAUUUAGGCUUAAGAAUCUUUUUGUAAAUACGUCGACUGUAAUUUUUGUCACUAGAUGUUUAAUUGGUAUGUUGAGAUGUAAUCAGUGUUGCCUAUUUAGCCGUAAAUGUAUAGUAAAUUAUUAAAGGUUAUAAUAACGCUUAAAUAAUAUUCGCCAUAUUUUCUGUGUUAUUUAAGUUUUUCUGAAUGACCUUUUUAAAUAUUUUGUACAUACAUGUUUACUUGUUAAGGUACCUGUAUAUCUUAUAGCUUUAUUGUAUACGGUUAAUGAAAAAAUCAUGCAAAUUCAAUUAAUAAUUUUUUUAAUUGUACAUAAUAUUUAAUUCAGCUUUAAUUGUCAUGAUUUUUUCAAAACCCAAUUUUAUUUUUUUUUUUUGGUAUAGUUAUUGUACCGCUUUGGUGUAUUGCCACUAAACUUACUGUAAUAUAUCUGAGAAAAAACUUCUCUAGAAAACCCGAAUUUUAUUGUAACUAUGAACUAUUAUACUAACCAAUCCCUAGAAUAAUGUUUUAAAAAAAAAAUACAAGUGUGUGAGACAUGAAGAAAAACAAAUUGGGAAAAUUGACCCAAGCUUUUUAGAUUUGUUCCUAAUUUUUGUCAAAGUAAAUUUUCAAUACAAAAACGCUUGGUUGUUUUCCCAAAAAUGUUAGAUUUAAAAAAAAAAAUAAUGUAGAUAUAAUCAAUAAGGAAAAAAUCAAUAAUGGUAAGUAAGAGAUCAUUUUAAAUAGGCACACAAUUUUUCUUAUAUUUUAUUUAUAUCUAAAUCAGUUAAAAAUAAAUAAUUAUUAUUGAUCUCCAAAUUGGCUGAUAGAACUUUAAUUUAUUUUUACCUUAAAGCUUUUGGUAUGACUCUAAAUAAAUUUUAUAUUAUACCAAGUCUUCUGUAUGUUUUUUUUUUUAUAUUAUAUUUUUCUUUUUAAAUUUCCCUUGUUGUGUUCAUGAAGCAUAUUGUUGUGUUUAUGUAUGUAUAAUGUAUACACAAAAAAAAAAAUGAUUACGAAGUAUGGUUGUUGGACUUUAUGUUAUUAUUUCCCCAUCCUUAUGUUUCCUUUAAAA